AUGAUUAGAAGUUCUGAUCUGGACUCCUUUGUUUGUUGUGCUGUGUGUUCAAAAAUAAUACCACCACCACCUUCUAGUGCUACUUUCAAUCGGAUUCGUGAGUAUAAACCUUUCAGAACGCGGUAUUACACUCAUCGUGAUAUACUGGAGAUUGGAGCAGACAUUCAAAAAGAACAACACAAAAAUAAGGAGGCAGAAAUACAAGAUCGCAUUGAAACAAUGAAAGCUGAACUUUGGUCUCAGGCUGAAAUGCUCAAGGAAGAGGCAGUGGAUAAAGCUCUCAAAGAGGCAGCCGCUAACCACAGUGCAUUUGUACAGGACCUUAAACAAAAACUUGGAAAGGAAUUAAGGGAAGAGGUGAGGAAGGCGAAGGCAGAGAUGCAGCAGUACAUGGAGGAUGAGCAGAAGAAAGAGGCCGAAGCUGCAGAGCAGCGCAUGGCUCACAGACUUCAGUGCGCCCUCAUGGAGUGUGCCCGGGAGAAGAUGCAAGCGGUGGCUGAAGCCAGGAAACAGGAGAGGGAGGCAGCCCUGAAGGAAGCCGCCGUACAGCACAGAAAGCAUUUAGAGCAACUCAAGGAAGAAAGUAUGCUAGCUGAGGAACAGUAUCAUAAGCGUAUAGAGCAAUUAAACAAAGAAAAAUGUAAUGAGAUUAAAAUUGCCCUGAGUAUUGCACGAAAAGAGAAUCAAAUUGAGACUGACAAACAGCUCAGGGAAGCAGGCACCCUACAUCUUAAUGAGCUGGAAAAAGUGAUGGUUGCGCUGAAAGCAGCAGAAGAACACAUAAAGACUCUCACGCAAAAACUGAAACAGAUGACAGAUUGGAAGGACAACCUGGAAACUGAAAUACAAGAAACAAGACAAGCUUUUCAAAAGUAUAUUGAUGUCACAUUUCCUAACCUGUCCCCUGGACAAGCGGAUUUUAUUCUGCCAUUCAGAAAAACAUUUGAGCAGAAGGACAGCCCAGAAGAAGCAAAGGACAAUGACAAGGAAUACAAGAGAACUGGUAUUACAAGUGAGAGAUUCACAGCCAUGGGUAAACAGAACUGCAAAUAGGUGAUGCUGAAAAAUAAAUUCAUCUCUGUUCACUGAAUUAUGAGUGUGGUUAGAAUGAUACAGGGAAAAAUAACCACCACUGUAUUAAAUAAUGAAGUGAUGAGCCAUGCUUAGAAAUUAUGAAUUAUUUUUUGUUUUACAAAUGCUGGGGUGGAGGUUGGAUCAUGUAGCACUUGAGGAUCUUCCCACUGAGUCCUUCUUGAGAAGGAAAAAACCUGAAAAUCUGAUCAGAAAAUUGUUGCUUAAGUAAGCAUCAGCGCUUGGACUUGUGAGGACUGUUGGCUCUGCCCUUGAAUGCUCAGGUGUGGAGUAA